AUGUGUGAAUCAACCAUUGUACUCAUUACUGGUAUUGGCUAUGCAACAACUCAAACCAUUGCGUCCCAGCCCAACUACCAUGUGAUAAUGCUGAGCCGAGAUCUUUCGAAGGGACAGGAGGCGUGUGCCCGACUCAAAUAUACCAACCUCCAAGGAACACUUUCUGUUAUUCAAUUGGAUGUUGAGGAUGAUGCUUCAAUCUCCAAGGCCGUCGAUAUUGUUUCAGACCAACCCAGGCGAGUCAACGUCUUUAUCAGCAAUACUGGCACAACUUUGAUUGACUGGUUCUGCUAG